AUGAUAUUGAUUUCUCCCUCUGUUUCUGCAGGUCUUUCUUCUGCAGUAUUGGAAGUCCAUGUGGGACAGACUUCUGUGGUUUCCAUCAAAGGGCAGCAGGCCAUCCUGCCGGUCUGGUAUACAUCCAUCUCUAAUAGCAGGCCUUUUGUCUCCUGGCUUCUUGAAAGACAUGGACCUAGAAAGCUUCUUCAGGUACUGACGUACAUAGAAGGAAAGUCAAAAGUAGAGGAGAUGUAUCUCAAGCAUCGGGUGGGCUUUCUGUAUCCCAUGCCUUCGUCUAACGUCUCUAUUGUAAUUAAUAAUACUCAAGAAGAAGACUCUGGGCAGUACAUGUGCACAGUCAACCUUGCAGACGAAAACUCGGUAGAUGGGAGAAACAUCGGACUCAUCAACCUUACUGUUCUGGUCCCCCCAUCUUCACCGAUAUGUAAGAUCCAGGGAAGUCCCCAUGUUGGAGGGAACGUUACCAUGAGUUGCAAGUCAUCGUCUGGCAAGCCCAGCCCAAUGUACCGCUGGAGGCGCACCGGCCCCACUUUUCAGGUCUUCUUUGCACCCAUGCAAGACCUCUCGAAGGGGACUCUGACGCUGAUGAAUCUCACCACGGACAUGUCCGGAACGUACAUCUGCAACGCCUCCAACUCGGCCGGCUACUCCAACUGCACCAUCACCCUGGAGGUGAACCCAGCUUUCAAUGCGGCUGUGGUGGCUGGUGCCGUCGUGGGAGCCCUCGUUGGACUGGGCCUGAUCAUCUUGUUUGCUCUCCAGAUGUUUGUCUACCGAAGGAAGAAGAAAGAUGGGCAAGAGGAAAUGGCCAAUGAGAUCAAGGAGGAUGCUGUCGCUCCCAAGACGCUUUCCUGGGCUAAAAGUCCUGGUUCGGACAUAGUCUCCAAAAACGGCACCUUGUCCUCCAUGAACACCACUCAGGACCACAAACUGUAUCCGUCCAAGCCUCCUUCGGACACAGCCUCUGUCACCACUGCCACGGGCAGCGUGGCAGGCUACAAGCCACCCUACAACAACCCUCGAGGCGGAACGCUCACCCCCACCGCCAGCCUCUCCAGCCAGUCCCUGCCCCUCUACUUCCCGCCAAACAUCAACGGGACCCUCGGCCACCACACCAACGUGCCAGUCCACAGGAACGCUCAGCCCAGGACAAACGGGGCUCAGCCCCAGGCCCCUCGCCCGGAGCCCACCCUCCCUCCAGGGCUCACGUCCUCCGCCCUCACCCGCAUGGGGGCGGUGCCCGUCAUGGUGCCUGCCCAGAGUCAAGCGGGAUCCUUGGUGUAAAGACUCAACGGCUCGUGCAGUCCUCCCACGCAGCAAGCAGCUGUACCGGCCCUGGGAAACGCUCAGCCAGUGCCUGCUUGCCUGCCUGCCUGCCUCCAGAACUCCUGUGUGCAUCUCUGCGCGCCUGUCCUGCAGAGCAGCAUGUGUGCAAGCAAUUGCCAUAAGUGGGACUUGGAAAAGGAUUCCUGAGAUGGGCUUCUCGCAAGAAGCUUUGGGAAAUCUUUUCCGUGUUACUUUCCUAAAUGCUCUCUCCUUCUUGACUCAGAUCCUAGGCCUCUUGGCAGCCUUCGAAACAGAGACUGUUGAACUGAAAGAUCUUUAGGGUGUCCUUCUUUCCCUUUUUAUUGGUGGUGCAAAAGCGGGGCAGGGAUUGGCUGUCUCGGUUAGGAAGGAAGGGCUGGGAGUAGUUCCCAAAACGUGCAGCUGGAUCAAGACUGUGGCUCUGGAUAGCCAUAGGGCAGGAACAAAGUGCAGAGCCUGACGACACACUGCCAACUAAGAAAGCAAGUUUCUAGUCCUUAUGACUUCAAAGUUUAUAAUCAAUAUUUGGUGAAAUCUCCAGACUCAGCAUGGAGAUCAGAAGGAUUUUGUCAGAUAGAGAUGGGGCUCCAGUGUCAGCUCACGGCCUCUCCCCGUGCCUGGCAGAGUGAAUGAUCCAAAUGGGAGAAUAAAUGUCCGUCCUAAUAUAGGAUGCCUGCAGCUCUUCUUCAGUUUAGAUGCCCUUGGCACAAGAUAAACACAGCCAUGAACAAGAGAGAUUUUGCAGUCCAACUUCUGUUAUGAAAUGUGAACAGUUUGGAAUGGGGGGGCGAGGGACCUGUGUCUUUGUGUCCCUAGGUGCUAUUUACCUGCUCUCAGUCUCUUUGAUGAUAUAUCUGUGUAGUUUGAUGCACAAUGCUUUGUAAGGGCGAGGGCAUCAGAUAGGAAUGGAGAAAUCCCGCAAAACCAAAUAUGGGCAAAUGUCUUGAAUUUUCACUAAGGGGUGCUGCAAAGUGGAUUGUGACAGGGACAAUUAAUCUUUGCUGUAAAAAAAAGUGAUUUUUAGAUAGCCCGUUUCCCCCCUCUUCAUUUCUGAAUCCCAGAUCUGGAUUUAACAAAAGAAUGUUUUCGGUUAUGUUAAGCUGAAUUGUACGUGCUAGGAAAGUUCAUCUUCAUUGGAUCACAAACCUUUCAGCACUUCAAUGGGGCCAGGUUUGGAAGGCUGCUGAUUGUGCGCGUCCUAAUCAUAUGGCUAGUCCUCAUGAUGACACCACAUGGGCCUCAUUCCCAUGCUGAAAUACCUGAUUCUUUCUAUCAUGCAUGGAAGCCAACCUUUGGAAGCAUGUAACUGGGCAAUUUACCUAAAUGGAAAAAAAGUAUUAUUAUUAUUUAGUUACGCUGCCAAAGGGUUGCUAGACAGCAGGUAAAAUGUUGCUAUUUUUGUGCUCUUUCUCUCUGUAAAUCACGUAGCGACCUUUCAGGACCGAUUUGAGAAUGCCUCCUCCUACCUUACAUCAUUUCCUGUUUGGUACAGCUACAUUGAAGUGCAGAAGGAGUGUUCCGUAUCAACAUGAUUCUGUUCCCUUGGACCAUCUGACGAUGCAUGUCUUGUUCAAGUUGUUCCAAUCUCCAAUUCACCUCCUGGAUGGAUCCCACAUAGGACAGAUCCUAUGGGACAGAUGUUAAGCAUACUUAAAGAAUGUCUAUUUUGUGUCAAAGAACAUCAUUGUGCAGAAAUUUGGACGUAAAAUUUUCUACUGCCUCACCUAGCAGUCUAGCUCUUUUUACCCAGGAAAUUGAUCUGGGCUCGAUGGCAAUUGCUGCUAAGAUCCCAGUUCUCAUGAUUUUUUAAAAUGAAAAUUGAAAUUGCUAAGACUUUAUUUUAAAAGCUAUUUUAGAUAUAAUUUGCAAAUGCUGUGAACUGCAGAGAGAUGCUAGAAAAAUGCACAUGGGGCGGUCCAUCAUUAUGUUGACUUGCUAUGAGUAACAUCUGAAUAUACUAGCAACUACAUUAAAUCCAUUUCGGCCUCUGUGCUUUUCUUAGCUCACCAAAAUCUCACUGGGACCUUUAUGCUACAAUUGUUGUUGAAUGUGUCUGUCCCUAUCCUGCAAAAUCCUUUUAUGUUGUGUAUCUUCUGCCCCCCUGUGAUUGUUACUGAAACUGCAUCCAAGGUCUUGCAGAGAUGAAGCUGGAUUCUGGCUUUGGUGAUUUGCAGAAUACUUACAUUUUUCAUGCUGAGAUGACUGUCAGCUUGUGCAGGCAACCUGUAUGUAACAUUAUCGAAUAACCUUCGUCAGAAUAUCCUAACAACUGACUUCUAAGGACGCCUUCAGCAAUUUAAUACAUAUUGUGCAAUUAUAACAUUUGUCUAUUCGAUGGACACCUUUGAUCUUUUCUUCUUUUUAUAUACAUAUAUAUAGUAUCUAAUUUAUACUUAUAGGUAUUAACAAAUCUGUGAAUCUGGACUACAGUCCUCUAACCAUUUUCAUGCUGGCUAAUUUUUUUUAAACAAAAACCAAUUGCA